AGUUUUGGUUUGAGAAUAGUAGGGUGCAGGUGCUGUGUGAGUGUAUGAAUGUAGUGUGUGAGUAUUCACAGGCUUUCAUUUCAAGCAGUGAGCUGUUACAGUGUGACGGGUCAGGUCUACACAGAUACUAUAACCUUUCACCAAAGUAUAGCUCUGAUUUACCGUAUCAAAAUUAAAAUUGCCUGAAAAUUCUUCUGGAACUUUGAGAGAAGGAUGGGGACAGUCUCUGAUGACAUUAGGAGGCUUUUGGAGGACUGUGAGCUCUUUGUAUCAGAUAUCCUACAGGACGAGAACCUCAGUAAACAUGCCAGAGAAACACGGGACGUCCUGCUUAAUAACUUCAGGGUGGUCCACUCCAGAAAUCCUCAGGAGUUUCCUUUCAGAUCUGAGUCCAGACAGGAGGACAGUUCAGAUGACAACCAGAGCUCAAGUCUGGGCCGUUCGGCCCCCUCAGACGACCUGUCUGUGGCCUCUGACUACCAGGACGAGGGCUCUCCUGAGUACUUUGAGGAGAUCCAAAUGGUGGCAGCCCAGGAUCUCAGUAACAUCUUGAAACAAGGCUACCUGGAAAAGAAACGACGGGAUCACAGCUUCUUCAGCUUAGAAUGGCAAAAGCGAUGGUGUGUCCUCAAUAACACAAUAUUCUACUACUUUGGGAGCGACAAGGACAAGCAGCAGAAGGGCUCCUUCUAUAUCAAUGGCUACAGCGCAGAGCUGGUGGCCAAUCUACGUAAAGACUCCAAGAAAAAUGCCUGCUUUGAGCUGAGUGCCCCUGACCGACGCUCCUUUCAGUUCACUGCUAGCAGUCCGCGAGAGGCCAGGGAAUGGGUGGAUCAGAUCAACUUUGUCCUGAAAGAUUUGAGUUCCAGCUUCAUCCCCUUUGAUGACGAUGAGGAAGAGGAAGAGGAAGAGGAGGAGGAGACCUAUGAUGACAUUGAGGGGGUGACCGGGGCGGCCCCGGCCCCCGCCCCCGUCCUGCCCCAGCAGGCCAAAGCCUCUCUCAGUAGCCAGGAGGAAUGGAGGCCUAAGCAGGGGGGACAAGAGGAAGCAGAGGAGGAUGAUAUCUACGAGGUGCUCCCAGACGAUGACUUUCCAGAACCAAUUGAGGAGAUCAGUGAGAAGAGCACAAAACCAGUCUGGUCCAUGGACUAUGCCAACUACUACCAGGGCUUGUGGGACUGUGAGGCAGACGAGCCUGAUGAGCUGGCCUUCCAGAGAGGUGACCUCAUCUAUAUCGUCAGUAAGGUCAGCAUCAACAACGCCAGUCAAAGUUCCUUCAUACACUUCAUCAACAUGCUACAUAUAGAGUAUAACAUCCAUGGCUGGUGGGUCGGAGAGCUAAAUGGUACCAUCGGUAUCGUCCCUAAAGACUUCCUCCACCCUGCCUACAUCCUCUGAGCUCCAAGAAGUACUGGAUCACUCUCUUAUCGUUAAGAUUAUAAAAUAAUUUAAUGGAGUAAUGUAGCGUAACAGGUCUCCUGACACCCACUGAGAUAGCCAUUGAGAGAGCAGGAGAUGUGUAUAUUCACAGCGCUUGGCCGGCCAUUUAGGACAUCUGGUGGCUGAAAGUAGAACUGCAUGGGAAAUUGAAUCAGCAUUAUAGACGGGUUGGUUGUUUAGCAACAAAACCGACACGUGCGCAACUAUGGGGCAAAAGAACUGGCUUAGGUGGUUGACAGCAUGUAAACUAUAUUUAGUCUCUAAAUGUUUAUUGAAAAUGUAAAUAUAUUUGCACAAUGAGCACUUGUUGUCUCUCAAAUACAUAGUUACAGUUGUUGGUUAGCUAGCUAAUUCAUUUUUAGCCAUAUUAGCGUAGACGUGUCAUGAGUCAAAACAAGAAAUGCUAUCAAUAACAAGAUUCAAUGAGCUGAAACGAGCCACCUACGAUUCCCCACAUGGCAGCUUCUUCUCAUUGUUGCUAGCUAUCUGACCAUCCAGAAUCAUUACACCACAUGGCCUUCUGCAUCAUCGACGUGCGCGCAUCAUUGUUUCUUGACAUUGUCAGCUAACCCAUCUUUAUAGAUAUUGAUAUGCUCAGUAAUGCUUAAUUAUAGCAUCAUUGACAUCAUCAUUGGAUUGGGAAAAAUGAUUCCAACUAUACGCCAUAGAAAAAAUAUCACACUGCACAAUACUACAGGAACUGUAUGUUACACGUUCCGCUCUGAUGAUCGUUUAUCUUUGUAUUAUGCCUUACUUCUACAGUUGAGUGAUGUGACUGACUGCGUUCCCAGCCCCAAACACUGAACACUUCGAGAUUGAUGACAAACUGAGAUAUUUUAUUAUUUCGUAAUAUAAUGUAAUGCAAUGCUGUUAGUGUAAGGUUCUUGUAGAAUGUUUUUGUAAAGAUUGACUUAAUUUCCAUGCAUAAAUGACAUUACCUUGGUCCUUCUGAGGCCUUUGGUCUACACAUUGAAUUAUGGAUCAUGUCGAAAGGUUUCCUCUAUCCAAUUGUUUCCAGUGUGCAGUACCCAUGUGUGUGAAUGGAAAUGGCCAGAUAUUUAUGCCCCUGUGACUAAAAUAGGAAAUCCUCACCUCUGAGUGAACUGGGGGCUAUUUGACAUUACAAAGCAUACUGACUUGUGCCUUCAACAGCCUUGAUGCUGACAUUAAGAUAUAUAGGCAACAAGGGUUCAGGCUUGCUCCACUAUCUUGUUUCAAUUAAGAGUUUGAAAUUGGAAUACCUGAUAAUUAACAAUAUCAAGAAAAAUACUAUAUUUUGAUUGUUGAGCUUGUACAAAUAUAUUUUCUUAGCCUAAUGGUUGUGUUUUUCUUAUGGUUUGGACCUACUGGCCUUUUAUGUACGAGUGUAUUGAUUGGGUGCUUAUGCUUUAACAUCAUGCUGUUUGUGACUGCUGUCUUUCUAUACGCUUUUUGUGUUUUAAAAGAAGUGCACUCUCCUACACAUCAA